AUCGAUGUCUCUUGACGAUAACAUGUCAUUUGUUCCUCGUAGUAGUGGGGUGGAUUGGUUGAUGUCGGUCUCGUAUUGGGCAUCGUCGGGUGUCGGGGCGUCGGUAAGGUCCAAAUUGGGAGUGCCAAGCAGCGUACAAACAGAGGUGCGGCGGCUGAACCCAAUAUACGAUAAACUCUUUCCAACGGCUCAAGAACCAACUACUAAAGCAACUCGUAGAGCUUCCAAAUCGCACAAUCACGCCUUUAUUCAAGUUUACAGCUAUGAUAGUUCUAUCGAUCCUUCCCUUAAGAAAACUUCAGGAGAUUCAUUGGAAUGUGGUGACCACCCCAGCGGUGGUAUCGCUUCAGUAAUGGUGAGGCUGGGGGACGGACUAGGUCUGCGCCCCCAGCCUCUCCAACAUAAAGGCAGCCAACAAGCCGAACAGUCCCCUCAACCAUCCCCGCAACUUCGUGUGUUCGACGUGGCGUCAGUCCUGGGUAACAUCAGAAGACUACGAUUUUAUCAUGCAUCUUCUGCUGAACCUUUGACCGCGAAACUAUGUCCGAAAGACUACGGAGCUCAUCGCGAAACAGAGCUUAUUGUUACUUGA